CCGGUCAGCGAGACCCCCAAUUACCAGUCGUAGCGGCUGAUAAUCCGAUUCAAGUCAUAUCAACACAGAACUUGAUCAAUUUCAACCUAACCACAGGCUUCUCCCCGUUGCUAGAGUAGAUGCAUUGUGAAUGAUUGCCUCUCCAUAUCGAAAAUGGAGGCGAAAUACACUAGUAAAAUCGGCGGCAGCGACGGCAACGACAGGCUCAGCUUCUUGCCGGACCAAAUCAUCUCCCAUAUCCUCUCCUUUAUGGAAACCAAGUACGCCGUCGGCACCGCAGUUCUCAGUCGACGGUUGGAAGAUCUUUGGACUAGGGUUUCGAAUCUCGACCUCGACGAUGCUCCAGAAUGGGAACAUGCUAUAGAUGAGAGAGAGUGGCAAUUUUGGCGCUUCGUCGAUAAGGUACUGGGCCAGCACAAGAAUCUCAACGCUCUUAGUCGAUUCCGCUUCCAUGUUUCGGUGCGGUAUAAUCACUCUUUCGAGGUGCUUGGUAGUACCAGCUUUAAGAGAGAACUGGUGUUUGGUCCUCCAAUUGAGGAGAUUGAUAUUAACAUUGACGGGGGAACUGAAUCAGGAAUCCCCCAGUGUUUGCGCUGCAUUCCAGAGAACUUCUACACUCUGAAGAAUCUGAAAGUUGCCAAGCUUUCGGGGGUUGUACUGGGUGCAAUAAACCUGUCCGUUUUCCUUCCUAGUGUAAAGAUUUUACAGCUUUCACAUGUCAAGAUGAAGGACUUUGAGUCAUUGGGCAGGCUCAUUUCUGGUUGCCCUGCACUAGAGACUCUUCAUCUGGAGACUUGCAAGUUGCAACCCUUCUAACAAGAAUGAGAAAGACAGAAUUGAGGUUUCCUUACCCUGCUUGAAGAUCUUGAAGAUUAGUGAAUAUAAGAAUUAUGACGAUCCCAUGUGUCCCAUUGUUAUUGAAGGGCCGAAUCUUGAUGAUUUCUAUCUUGAGUACUUCGUGGAGUUACAGUUUAAGGGCAAAUCUCCAUUGUCAUGCCUUCAUCUCAUCUGGCACAUGUUGAUGUUGGCAAGGAGUGUCGAACCUCGUACCAUAACGUGAUUCGGCUCCUUUGUCAAAUCUCAAAUGCAAAGAAACUGUGCUUAACUAAGGAGACUCUGGUAAUAGUGUCCACUGUUUUCUUUCCAGUGUCUAAUUUUUUAUUUAUUAGAGUGCUAAUCUUUCUUAACUUUCCUUUCAACAGAGUCAUCUGUCUGCUGCCAAUGACGUUCAACUGCCUUUCUUUCCCAAUUUGACACAAUUGACGAUUGGAUUCGGGCAAUAUGGACCCAGUAGCUGCUUUCUGCACUCUUUGCUAAAUUCAGCCUUCAAACUACAAUCUCUUGUCAUUGACAUGGUGAGUCUCGUGUUCAUUUGAUUAUGAUAUUCCUUCAAAAACUUCUCUAAUGGAUCUCUUAAUGAAGCAGAGCAAUCACGGAGUACCAAUGUGGGAGAGUUUGGACAUUGCUUGCACACCACAGUGUUUGUUAUCAAGCCUGGAGGAAAUCGAGAUCAAGGAUCUUGUAGGAUAUCCUGAAGAUGAGGAGAUGAUAGCAUAUUUGCUCAAGGCUGGAGCUGGCUGUAUUGAACAAGGUGAAUAUGUACAUAGCUAGGUUUUUUCCUGCAUUCAUAGACCCCAAAGAUCUCGUCUCGCUACUAAAGCUUCCAAGAGGAUCGAGCACUUGCAAAGCCAAGCUUUUCUUUCCCUUGGACGACGAUACCUAUAUUGAUUGUGAUGACGAGAGCAACACUGACAACAACAUAGAUGAUGAUGACACUGGCAACACUGAUGACAAGAUCGACAGCGAAGAUGACUCCAGCAACAAUGAAGAGGAUUCUCUCUGAAGCAUUUUGGUCGGCAAGCAAUAGCACGAUAAACUGCUUCUUGAUCUGGUUAUAUCCUAAUUCACUUUUGUAAAGAUUCUUAUCGGCCCUCCGUUCUUAUUUAGAGUAAUGGUUUUUGGAUGCAUAUUACUGUGGCAUUGUUGGAUCAUUCGGUGCCGAACAGAAUGUUUUUUGCUCUUGUCUAGAUCGCUUCAUAAGCUUGCUUUUCCUCCAAGUUGACUACAAGAAGUAUCAAUUUGAGGUUUCCCCAGGUUCUGUGUUUGCGGAACGUGGAAUGGUGUCGGAUAAAUGAAGUAUUGAUCA